AUGCCUGGACUCGUCGAGAAGAAGCGCAAGCGCACCGAUGCCGCCGCCGUCGCAAAACCUACCAAGUCGAAGAAAGUAAAGGCCGCCAGCAACGACGGCGGCGACGACCCUCAAGCACAGAUGCUGCUACUAGAACAACAAAUCCUCGAGUCGCCCUCAAACUACCCGAAUAUCACCAGCCUGCUCAAGUUCUUCAAGUCAAAGGAUGCAACCCAAAAGGUCACGGCUGCAGUCGCCCUCUGCCGUACCUUCUGCCGCUUGAUGGCUGCCGAGAGGAUGGUCAGACAGAAGACCAUGGACGAGGAAGAGAUUGAACAGGUGGACUGGCUCAAGACACAGUACAAGGAGUAUGGGCGACAGCUGGGUCGUCUGUUGGCGAGCGAGGAGCUUCAGAGCACCGCCUUGACUCUGUUCAUGCGCCUGGUUAAGGAAGAGACUUCUCAGGAUGGUCGUCGCGCUGAGCAAGCUUGGAGAACUGGCAUCUUUGCAGACUUGGUCUUGGGUCUCGUGGCAUCGCCUGAUGCUGCUGGUGCGCGCGAGGAGUUCAUGGAGAAGUUUGUCGAGGAGCACGACGAUGUCCGCUACUUCACCUUCUAUGCUGUCGCAAACAUCCUGGCUCGCUCGCCCGAAGGCUACGAUCGCCAGACACUAGUAUCAAACGCUCUCUCACUACUUCUCCUGAUCGAGAAUGCUCCCGACUCGGACUCUCAACUCGAAGACUGGUAUGGACAGACUCCUGAAGGCCGCAAGCAUGCUCUCCUGUCUCUAUCCUCGCAUCGCAAGACAGCACAAGAAGCAUGGCUCGCCAUCUUCCGUUCGGCUCUCACCAAGGACGAGCGCAAGUCCAUUCUUCACCAUCUGACCAACCGUAUCGUACCCUGGUUCACCAAGCCUGAGUCGCUCAUGGAUUUCUUGACAGACAGCUACGAUGCUGGUGGUGCCACCUCUCUGCUCGCUCUCUCUGGUCUUUUCUACCUCAUUGCCGAGAAGAACCUCGACUAUCCUGCCUUCUACACAAAACUCUACUCUCUGCUCGACGACACAUUACUGCACUCGAAACACCGCAGUCGCUUCUUCCGCCUCCUCGACACCUUUAUGAGCUCCACCCAUUUGCCCUCAGCUCUGGUCGCUAGUUUCGUCAAGAGAUUGUCAAGACUAGCGCUGCACGCACCUCCUGCUGCCAUCGUCGUGGUCGUGCCUUGGGUCUACAACAUGCUGCUGCGUCACCGUACCUGCACAUUCAUGAUCCAUCGCGAGAUUCGCGGUGCAUCGCAACUCAAAAAGCUCGAGGCAGAGGGCAUGGACGACUCGUUCUCGAUGGACGAGAUGGACCCUAUGGAGACCGGUGCCAUUGACUCGUCGCUCUGGGAGCUAGAGACUCUGGCCUCGCACUACCACCCCAACGUCGCAACACUGGCAAGAAUCAUCCAGGAGCAGUUUACAAAGAAGAACUACAACAUGGAGGACUUCUUGGAUCACAACUACCAAGGCUUGAUCGAUGCCGAGUUGGGCAAGGAGAUGAAGAAGACGCCAGUCGUCGAGUUUGAGAUUCCAAAGAGAAUCAUCACGGCCGAGGAGGGUGGUCUCAACGAUCUGGGUGGUCUGCUACAAACUGCUGUUCAGGCACUGUAG